AUGGUGAAGGGCCUGGAGGGGAAGCUGUAUGUGGAGCAGCUGAGGUCACUUGUGGGAGGUACAGUGGUUGUGGAGGAUCAGCCGGACGUGAGCGCGGUGCUCUCUGCCUACAACCAGCAAGGGGACCCGACGCUGUACGAGGAGUACUACAGUGGGUUGAAACACUUCAUUGAGUGUUCCCUGGACUGUCAUCGAGCAGAAUUGUCUCAGCUGUUUUAUCCUCUCUUUGUGCACAUGUACUUGGAGUUGGUCUACAAUCAACAUGAGAGUGAGGCAAAGUCUUUUUUUGAAAGAUUUCAUGGGGAUCAGGAGUGCUAUUACCAGGAUGACCUGCGUGUGUUGUCUAGCCUAACCAAGAAAGAGCACAUGAAAGGGAAUGAGACUAUGCUGGACUUCCGAACGAGCAAGUUUGUGCUGCGCAUCUCCCGGGACUCUUACCAGCUCCUGAAGAGGCAUCUUCAGGAAAAGCAGAACAAUCAGAUCUGGAACAUUGUUCAGGAGCAUCUCUACAUUGAUAUCUUUGAUGGGAUGCCUCGCAGCAAGCAACAGAUAGAUGCUAUGGUUGGAAGCUUGGCUGGGGAGGCAAAACGGGAGGCUAAUAAAGCAAAGGUUUUCUUUGGCUUAUUGAAAGAACCAGAGUUUGAUGUGCCUUUGGAUGAUGAAGAUGAAGAAGGAGAAAAUGAGGAAGGAAAGCCAAAGAAGAAAAAACCUAAGAAAGAUAGUGUAGGGUCAAAAAGUAAAAAACAGGACCCUAAUGCUCCACCCCAAAACAGAAUUCCUCUGCCUGAACUGAAGGACUCUGACAAGCUGGAUAAAGUAAUGAAUAUGAAGGAAGCUGCAAGGCGCGUGCGCCUCGGCCCUGAGUGCCUGCCCUCCAUCUGCUUCUACACAUUCCUCAAUGCUUACCAGGGUCUGACUGCAGUGGAUAUUACAGAUGACUCGAGCAUGAUUGUGGGAGGCUUUGCUGACUCUACUGUCAGAGUGUGGUCUGUGACUCCAAAAAAGCUGCGCAGUGUGAAAACAGCAGCAGACCUCAGUCUCAUCGACAAAGAAUCAGACGAUGUCUUGGAGAGGAUCAUGGAUGAGAAAACAGCAAGUGAGUUGAAGAUUUUAUAUGGUCACAGUGGACCUGUCUAUGGCACCAGCUUCAGUCCUGAUAGGAACUAUCUGUUGUCUUGUUCUGAGGAUGGCACUGUCAGGUUGUGGAGUCUCCAAACGUUCACAUGUUUGGUGGGAUAUAAAGGACACAACUAUCCAGUGUGGGAUACACAAUUUUCUCCUUAUGGUUACUACUUUGUGUCAGGGGGACACGACAGAGUGGCUCGUCUGUGGGCUACAGAUCACUACCAGCCCUUGCGGAUAUUUGCUGGCCAUCUUGCCGAUGUGACAUGUACCCGAUUUCAUCCAAACUCCAACUAUAUUGCCACGGGCUCAGCAGACAGGACUAUACGGCUCUGGGAUGUUUUGAAUGGGAAUUGUGUUAGAAUAUUCACUGGACAUAAGGGACCAAUUCAUUCAUUGGCAUUUUCUCCUAAUGGACGAUUUCUGGCUACUGGAGCAACAGAUGGAAGAGUUCUGCUGUGGGAUAUUGGACACGGCUUGAUGGUUGGAGAAUUGAAAGGGCACACUGACACUAUCUACGCACUCAGAUUCAGCAGAGAUGGGGAGAUUUUAGCAUCAGGUUCAAUGGAUAACACAGUUCGUCUGUGGGAUGCUGUGAAGGCAUUUGAAGACUUAGAAACAGAUGACUUUACUACAGCCACUGGACAUAUAAACUUGCCUGAAAACUCACAGGACUUGUUACUGGGCACAUACAUGACCAAAUCAACCCCAGUGGUUCACCUCCAUUUCACACGCAGGAACCUGCUGCUGGCUGCAGGAGCCUACAGUUCCCAGUAGAGCAGGAGGCUGAAAGACUGUGCCAAGUCACUGCAGUAGUGACCUCAGGAUGUGAGAUGAGGAAUGGCUUGUACAGAAGGAUCCCACAAGUCCAUUGCAGGGAAAAUGAAACUGUGUAGACUAACACAAGCAGCAUUUCUCAGCUCUGCUGUCUCAUAUUUAUCUGCAGUUUGGAAAGGCUGGAGAGUGACAAGACAUAGUGGCUGUAAAAGAAGGAAUUGUUUGUGGUGCUUUUGAU